AUGUCUUUAGCGAACUUAUUACCACCAAUGACCAAAUCCUGGGCCGACGAAGCCAACGACGAAUUCGAAGAGCAAUGCAUCGAUGCUCCACCUGCUAGACACUUUGUUGAUACAUCUAAAUUUGAUAGUGAGACAGCUAUAGGAGAAGGAUCUGAUUUCAGAGACUACGAGACUAUUGAUUUCUCUGACGACGAAGAUACCAUGGACUCUUACGAUUACGCAUUGAAAUUCGAGACAUUGUCGAAUGACGAUAUCGCUGCUGUAGUCACCGUUCCUGAAGAAAGCAUUUCUCCCAAGAACAGAAAGCUGGGCACAAACAUGACAUCCAGAAUUCCUAGAGCAGUACCCUACUCUGCCCAAUACUCAUAUACAAAUGCAUUCCUCGGCAUCAUUCCUGAAAUCGAAGAAUCGAAGGAUCAAGCCCAAGAUAACAAUCAAACUACAGCAGUCACCGAGCUUACUCUUGAUAACUGGCAGGGCGAUUUCCCCGUUGUAGUGGACGAUUGUGACUUGGGAAUUGGUUCUGUUCAAGGCGCUCCUGAACUUGGUGGCUUCGAUAUUUGGGAUAGUGAUUCGUGCUACAGUUCUCAUUCAGAGCUUGAGGAGGUUGAAGAAGAGAUUCAAAUUGAUCACCCAUUGAUGGGAAAAGACGUGGUUUGCAUUCAAGUGUCCUUCACGACAGUAAAGGCUAGCGAAUAUGAAGCUCAUCCUACAAGAGUGUUCUAUCGUAGUUCUGAACCAACAACUUGGGGUUGGACUCCAUCAAAUUUGAGACACUGCCAGACAGUCAUUCGUGAAGAGGGAUCUAGAUGCUAUAUCUAG